AUGCCUCCAAGGGCUAUUCUUCCUCGGGCUGCAAAGCCUGACGGUAAAAAUUCCAAUGGAAAACGUAAGAAAGAUGGCUCAAAUGGACAUGCAGAAGCACCAACUCCGAAGAAGAAGACAAAAAGGGAAAUCCCACAACUCUUGGACGAGGAACUUCUUGCAGCCGAUCUCAACGUUGAUUAUUCGAAAAGAAGAAAGAGGCUUAGGACACAAAUGCCCAAAAAGCAGCAAUGGGCACAAGUCAAAGACGUUAUCACAGAGCGGGAAAAUGCACCUAAAGGUUGGAACCCAGAGGAGCCUGAUCUGAUGUCCGAUGACUACGAAUCACAGAUCGAAAGGUGCCUAGAACGGAUUUCAGAGAAUAUCAUGCCUCAUGUUUAUCAGCAUAAAAUGAGUGAAUUUAUGGCAAAGCAGACGGAACGCGAUACACUGAUGGCGACAGAGCCAGGUUUAAGUUGGCCUGUUGUACAACGCCUAGAUGAUCUCAAAGUUACAUUGACUUGGCUCAUGGCGGGAAACGACGUACACAAAAUGGUCGAUACGGUAAAAGCCAUCAUAGCGCAAUAUCGAUCAGGUGAAUUGGAUUGGACACCAGACUUUGUCACCUACUGGCAUGCUGGAGUUCAGCUCUGCCUGCCAAGACCUUUCCAUUGGGAUGAAUACCGCUACAUUCAUGACAAAUGUCAGGGACACGAAGGGUUUUGGGUCGAAGGUAUUCUCGGCCCUGCGCCUGGCAUGAGCAAGUCUUCCAUGAUAUGCCAACCGGAUCCGCGUGUGAAUACCACAAUGGUACGAUUAAGUCUCCGGAUCCCACAAGGUCCAGCAGUUGCAGUAAAAACAGAUGACAAUGGGAAGAAUGGAAAAGAUGGGGGAAAUGAAAAACCACCACCUAGGCCACCAAGCUUUGAAUUCCCAUUCAUGGAUGACACAGGCUCGACACAUUUGAGCCUAUUUGAAGAUGACAUCAACAUUCUUCGGAAUCUGGGUGCAAAAGAUGAACAUACAUACCCCUUGCCCCGAUGCCUGGGUGUCGGAGUUCUUUGGGUCGCGGAUGGGAGGCGGGUCCCCUCACUAUUUAGAGAAUUGGAAGUCAACAUGUGGAGUACAGAUGAAUCGAAUUGGAUGUCCCCCUCAUGGCAGGCAAUUCCCGCUUCUAUCAACAGUGGUCAAUCAACAAGGGCCGGCCAUGACCGUUUGAGUGGGUCAUGGCUGCGACACAGAUUUUACACUGGAACCUGUCCUGAUCAGUCGAUGCGUCUUUGGGUUUUCAACUAUAACCCCGGAAUGCCACAAGGUCAGAGGACUCUUCCCACGGCGACCUCAGCUCAAUUGACUGCGCCCUUCCGAACUGGAAGGCUUCAUCCCGUUACAGACUUUCCUCAUCUUGACCCAAGUCUCGCAACAGGGCAAAGUUUAUUGUAA